UCGUCUCCUCCGAAUAAAAACCCGAAAACAGAGCGAGAGAGAGAGAGAAACUAGAGAGAGAGUAAGAGGGAGAGAAAUAGCAAUGGCGACGACGACGGCCCUGAACUGCAUCAGCCUCUCAGAGCCCGACGUCGGGAAAUCGGUUGCCCUACUCAAACAGGCUUGUUUGGACUGUGGGUUCUUCUAUGUGGUCGAUCACGGGAUUAGUCAAGAGUUUAUGGACGAGGUUUUUGCUCAAAGCAAGAGGUUUUUCGAUUUGCCGCACGAUGAGAAGAUGAAGCUUCUUAGAAAUGAGAAGCAUCGAGGUUACACGCCGAUUCUGGAUGAGCUCCUUGAUCAAGAAAAUCAAGUCAAUGGUGACUAUAAAGAAGGAUACUAUAUUGGAGUUGAAGUAUCUGAAGACGAUCCACAAGCACAAAAACCAUUUUUUGGACCAAAUUUGUGGCCUUCUGAAGAUUUAUUACCUGGAUGGAGGCAGACUAUGGAGCAAUAUCACAAAGAGGCAUUGACGGUUGCAAGAGAAGUCGCUCGGAUCAUAGCUCUUGCACUUGACUUGGAAGCUGGCUUCUUUGAUAAACCAGAAAUGCUUGGUGAUCCCAUUGCAGUACUGAGACUCCUACACUAUGAAGGUGUAAGAUCAGUUACAGGCAAAGUUUCCAAUCCAGGAAGGGGAAUAUAUGGAGCUGGAGCACAUUCUGAUUAUGGUUUGAUAACUCUUUUGGCAACAGAUGAUGUAGUGGGUCUACAGAUAUGCAAGGAUAGGGAUGCUAAACCUCGGAUAUGGGAAUAUGUAGCACCAGUAAAAGGAGGGUUCAUUGUCAACCUUGGGGACAUGCUUGAGCGGUGGAGCAAUUGUGUUUUCAGGUCGACACUGCACCGAGUAAUAGUUGAUGGUCAGGAGCGCUAUUCUAUUGCCUAUUUUGUGGAGCCAAGCCAUGAGUGCCUUGUUGAGUGCUUGCCGACCUGUACAUCUGAGGCAAACCCUCCCAAGUUUCCUCCAGUGACAUGUGCAGAAUACCUAUCAAAGCGAUAUAAGGACACACAUGCUGAUCUAAGUUCAUACAAUAACGGUUAUCGAGCAUGAAAGAGAAAAACUCCAUAUUUCUUUUCAAGGUCGAAGUUCUGUACAGGAGCUCUCUGGUUUCUCCCAUUUAAUACCUUAUAUGAUCCUUAUAACAGAUCAAUACCAUAACAUAAAGAAGAUAAAAGAUUGUCGGCAAAGAUGCAACUGAAAAUGUAUGCUAUUUAUUAUGUAAAUUUUGAUGUCUCUUGUUUGUAUCAUUUGAUCAAUAAUGACGCAAACCCUGUUGGAACUAGAUGUAUCUGGAUUAUCAGCUUAUAUAUGAUUCAUGUUUAAUUAGUAAAA